AUGUGUAUAUGAAAAUGUUCCCAGAAACUCGUCCUCGACGCCAUCAAUCUUACCAUUCAACUAGUUUGAACCGGCUCACAUGAUUACUACAUACCUAAUCUAAUGUAAUAGUAGUCCACCCCAAUAAACUCAAGAUGCGCCCUGCACAAAUCCUCACUUCCCUCCUCAUACCCGGCAUAGCCGCAGGUCUCCCCACCACCCGCGCCGAAGAAGCGCAAACCUGCAGUCUCUACAAAUUCGCCGAGGCCCCUAUAAACCCGCCGGCGUGCUGGGCGUGGUACGCAGACACUUCGCACCCAUCCGACUACUGCGGCGCCAGCACCUUCACGCCUAUCGCCUCCAUCUCCGCCUCCUCACCAUCACCAUCACCAUCACCAUCAUCAACUUGGCUCGACUCGUGUGCCUCCUUACGCACCGCUCAACUCUCCUCGCCGCGGGACUUUUUCCUCGCAGACUACGCGACCGACAAGUUCAACAUCCUCCUUGCAUCGGGCAGCUGCAGCUUCCAGGUCCAGCCAGCGACACCGCCGUCUAGCGACCAAGUGUAUAUUGGCAGCACCGACGUUGUCGACAUCCUCGAGUCCGCAAUAGCCGCCAGCCGCAAAGCAGGUGGAAAUGCUGCCGUCGAGGGUAGCAUGACCUGCUCGCCUGGUAUUGUACGCUGGAAAAUAGUGCCUAUUUAGACGAUCGGUUGAAUUCGUCCGAGGGGGCGGGAUAUAGGGUCCUCAUUCGGUCUAACGAAAUCUAUUAAGAAAAGCGCGAUUCAGUACGGUUAGUUCAUAAGGUGCUCUCACAGCAAAACGUCAGUCUAUGGUUCCAUCUCAGCCCACGACCAUUACCUUCAGAGGCUUGCCAU